GACACGGCCCUCAUUCUCUUCGUCUACCACGAUCCCGUGCACCUCUGGACGCUCGCUGGGUUAGAGCUGAUGGAGAGUCUGGAGAAGCUGGCGGAGCGGGUGGCGGCGAUGGGCAUGAAGUGCGAGGAGACGCGGCUGCACGGGCUGGCGUUCUAUUUCAACGAGCUCCGCCACCCCGCCACCCAGUUCCCCGCCUUCCGCCUGCAGCCGGGGGAACAGGAGAGCCUCAUGUGCUACAUGCGGGAGCAGGUGGAGCGAGUGGAGGAGCUGCGGCAGUGCAUGGAGCGGAUCAACACUGUGCGCUCCAGCAUCAAGAAGAUGCAGGGGCUGGUGUCGCAGUCGUCUGCCUCCUCCAACCUGCUGGCGGAGCUCGAAUCCGUUUCUGAGGACUACGAGCUCGACGACAACGACCCCCCACAACCCAGCAGUAGCAGCAAGGCCAGCAGCAACACAAGAAGCAGCGGCAGCAGCAGCAGCAGCGGCGGCAGUGGCAACAGCUCGCUGCUGCGGGAGAUGAGUGACUCGUUUGAUGAUGCGGUGCUGGGGCAGCUGGGCAUGGCCAGGACCAACCUGCCCUGCGACAUCCCCGGAGGGGAGGAGAUCUUCCGACUGUCUACUCAAACCUCUCCACCUCCUCCCUACCCCCUUUUCCUCCCACCCUUCCCCACCUUCGCCUUCCUCUCCUCCCGUUCCACUCCUCCCCGCCAUCGCUCGCUCUCUUUAAUCUUGCAGAUGACUCGGCUCACAGAGCUGCAGGCGAGGACGCUCUGGGCAGUGGAGCUGGACCACGUUGUCAGGGCGAGGGCCCUCUGGGCAGUGGAGGAGCUGGGCCGCGUUGUCAGGGUGGGUGGGGUGAGGGUGGGUGGGAUGAGGGUGGGUGGGAUCAGGGGUGGUUCGGAUAAGGGUGGGCGGGAUUAUCUCGAGAAGGACUUGAGUGUGUCAGUGAAUUUUCACAGGGGUGAUUGUAGCAAAAGAUCUCAACCUCCCCUCCCCCAUCCCUCCCUCGCCCACACACGCCACCAGAUCCUCUUGUUAACCAUCUUCAUGAUCCGGGACCGUGUGCUCUCCGUGUUCGGCAUUGGCGCCCACUCCGAAGAGAGCAUGUCGGAGAACUCUCUCUCUCCCCUUCCUCCACCAAACCUGUUUUUGAGUCGGCUCAUAAACAUCCUCGUGUUAACCAUCUUCAUGAUCCGGGACCGUGUGCUCUCCGUGUUUGGCAUCGAUGCCCACUCCGAGGAGAGCGUGUCGGAGAACGAGACGCUGGGGUCGGCAGGCCUGGCGCUGCGCUAUGCGCGCAUCAUCCUGCUCGCGGAGAAGCUCAUGAAGUACCCCUUCAUGGCCGCUGGCGGCACCAGGGACGAGCUGUUUGGCAUGCUGACGAACGAUAUGCGCACCAUCCUAGCAGGCCGCCUGGUCCCAGUCAUGAAGGAGGAGCAGCAGAAGCGCGAGCAGGAGGAGGAGGCUCGGCGCCGAGCCGGCCUCCCCCGAGCCGCCUCCUCAGACUCGGACGAAGAUGAGGACGGAUUCGUGUGGCUCGGGAACAAGGGGGGAGCAGCGGGAGGAGGGGGCGCAGCAGGGAAGGGCGGAGGGCAGGCAGGGAAGGGAGGGAAGGACGGAGAAGACGAGGAGGAGGCGGAAGCACCGUGGGAGCGGAAGCUCAAGUGGGGAAUGGAGUUUCUACCCACACUCGCUCGCAACACCAUCACCUUUUCGGAGCUCAAUUCCAUCCGGAAAACGUCUGUCACAUCAAGCAACCACGUGCUGAGAGUUCAAACGCUCUUCCACGCACAAAAGGACGCCGUCAGUGCCACCCUAAUCGACUCCUUAGAAGGCCUCUCGCUCCUCGUCGCAUCUGAUCCGUCCAAUACCACGCAGAUCCGGUCGAAGAAAGCCGCUGCGCUGGCGGCUGCAAGGGCAGAGAAAGCGCAGGCGAAGUCGGGCGAACCGCGGCAAGUGCUUGUAACGGGGAUAUUUAAAGCGAAGCGGACGACGAGUUGCAGCCCCACGGACGGGAUUGGCAGCUCGCCUCUGCUGCUCUCCCAGUCGUCUCUGUCCUCCUCCCUCCUCUCCUCUUCCUCCUCCUCUGUUGCCCCCUCUGCAUCUCCAUUUAGGUCAUCUUCUGCCUCUGCUGCUGUCCUGGCUGCUGCUAUGGGUGGGGAUGGGAGGGACUCAGCUGCUGCUGCUCUCCGGGCUAUACGGGGGGGAGGGGGAGGAGGCGGAGGGGGAGGAGGCGGAGGGGGAGGAGGGGGGAAAGGAGGGGGCGUUGUGAAACUGCCGUUUGUUAAGGGAGGCAAGCAGGCGGGCGCUAAGGGUGCUGCUGCAGCGCCUGCUGUAAAAGCUGCUGGUGGUGCGGCUGGCGUGGGGAAGGUUCCAGGAAAAGUGAAGCCACUGUGGGAAGAGGAUACAGACGAGCAAGACCUUGUGAGAUCGGUGCUGUCGACGUGCCAGGAGGAGAGAGGUGCGGGCGAGAAGGGAGCGGCGGGGAGAAGAGAGCAGGUGUGGGCGAGAGAGACAGGAGGCAGGAUGAUGCUGCGUGGGGGGUCGGAGAAAGAGCGGAAAGGAAAACCGGUGAAGCCCUUAUGGGAAGAGGAUACAGACGAUGAGGAUUUAGUCAGGUCUGUGACUCUACCUGCGAGGAAGGACGGGGUUGGGAGCAAGGGAGGGCAGGAGGGGGCCGGGGAGGACGGAGGGAAGAAGAAAAUGCUCUGGGAGGAAGAUUCCGACGAUGAGUCGCUGGUUCGCGCGGUAACCGCAUCUGCUACCACCGUCGCUGCAGCUGUUACAGCUGCUGGCGUGGGCCGAGGGACUGGGGGGCCUGCACGUGCUAGAGGUGCAGGUGUGGGCGGUAGAGGUUCUAGUGUGGGGGGUAGAGGGGUUGGAGGGGGAGGGAGAGGGGCAGGUGGAGGGCAGAAGAAGGUGCAGCCUCUGUGGGAGGAAGAUUCUGAUGAUGAGAGUCUGGUUCGUGCUGUCACUGCUGCUUCUGCUGCCCCUGCUGGUGGCGGUGCUGUGGGCAAUGCUGCUGCGGGGCCCAAUGUUGGCGGCUCGCGCUCGUCGGUGCAACCGGUGACGCCGCGAGGAGCUCGCAUGCAGCGAUUGGACGCGGCGAAAUGGGCAGAUGAGCGAGGAGGGCGGGAAGGGCGAGAGGGGCGAGAGGGGCGAGAGGGGGGGGAGCGGGUAGAUGGGCGGGACGGAAGAGAGAGACGAGAUGGGGGGGACAGGCGAGACGUUCGCAUGCAGCGGCUGGAUGCAGCGAAAUGGGCGGACGGGCGAGAGGGGGGCGGUGGGGCCGCCUCUGGUCGAGGAGCGGGAGGGAGGGCGGACGCGGUAAUGGGAGGGAGGGUGGAGGAGAGGGCAGGUAGGAGGGUGGAAGGGAGAGGUGCGGGAAAGGAUGGGAGGAGGGAAGAGGGGGCGGAGGAGGGGAUGGAAGGAGGGGUGGAGGUUGGGAGAAAGGGAAGAGCGGAAUAUAUGCGUUUGGCAGAAGAGGGAGAGGGUUGGGAGGAAGGGGAGGAGGAGUGGGAUGAGGAAGAGGAAUGGGAGGAGGGAGAGGAGGAAUGGGAAGGAGAAGAGGGAGAGGAGGAAUGGGAAGGGGAAGAGGAAGAGGAGGAACGUAAUGAGGCGGCUGUGAGGGCCGGGCAGGUGAGCAGAAAAGAGGGCAUGGGCGGGGUCAAGCAGCAACCGGUGCAGGAUGAAUGGCAGCGGCAGCAAGCGGAGCAGGAGGCGUGGGAGCAGGAGCAACUGGAGCAGGAGAAGUGGGAGCAGGAGGAGUAUCAAAGGGGACAGCAGCAGAGGCAGGUGCAGAAGCCAAAGCAGCAAGUGACCUGGAACCAGCCUCACUCACAGGAGGAGGGUGAGGAGGAAUAUGAGGGAGAGGAGUACGAAGGAGAUGAGGAGGAGUACGCUGAGGAGGAAGAAGAGGAAGAGGAAGAGCCGGUGGUGCCUGUGAGAGCCAUGGCCCGCGCAGCCACCGCACCCACAUCUCGCCUUGAUAAAAUAUCCAAGUCAGCGGGUGCUGAUGCUGGGGGGAAGAAGAAGAGCGGGAAGAAAGCUGCUCUACAUCGGGUGGCGUCUGAAUCUACCACUUCUGACCUCUAUGCACCCAGCCAAAAUGCACGGGGAGCAGGGGGACUUGCUCCUGGUCUGUAUCAGGGGCCUCAGAAGUCGCCUGGUGUGGGGCGGCAGCAGCGGCAGAUGCAUGUGCAUUGGGACGAGAGCGUGGGCGCUGGUCGAGGGGAGCGAGGAGAGAGAGGGGAGAGAUGGGAGGGAGAAGCGGAGGAGAGGCAGUGGCUGGGUGCGGGUUCCGCGUCGGAAUCGGCUGCUUCGGGAAAGGAAGGGAAGAAGGGGAAAGGUGCGAAGAAAGGGACCGACCAGGGGAAUGCAGAUGGGGAGAAGGGGGAGAGGGCAGCAGGAGAGGGAGGAACAGGAAAGAAGAAGCAAACCAGGGAAGCAAAGAAGGCUGGGAAGAAGGUUUCAAAGAAGGGUGUAGCGCAGCAGGGGGGUGGGGGAGCGGAGGAGGAGGAGGAUGGGCUAGGAAGGACCGUGAGUGCAGCUUCUUCCGCCUCCCGCUCUUCCUCUGGUACAUCAUCCUCGUCUGCUAAGGUUGAGAGGCGGAAAUCGGGGGAGAUGGAGGGCGGGAAGAAGAGUGGGAAGAAGGCAGGGCAGACCCCCCAGCCUCAGGUGGCAGUGUGGGAAGGGGACGAGGAGGAGGAGGGGUUGGUUAGCACUCGCCCCCAGGCAAGCCACUAUGCAGGCCCGCAAGAAAGGUACGAGGAAGAGGAGGAGGAGGAGGAGGAGGAGGAAGAAGAGGAGGAGGAGGAGGAUGAGGAGGAAGAAGAGUAUGAAGAGGAGGUGGAGAGUGAGAGGUACAGAGGGCGGAUGGAGGAAGGGAGUAUAGAUUUCGAUGCCUCUCACCAGGAACUCGCCUUUGGGGCGGGGCAAGGAAGGCAGGAGCAGAGAGGGGUGGUGGGGGGAGGCAGUUUGGACUUUGAUGCUCCCCAACACGAGCUGCCCUCUCCCUCUCAAAUGCCAUCCGGAGGGCUGUUUGCUGCACGGCAGCAACAGUGGCAGCAGCAGCAGCAGCAGCAGCAGCAGCAGCAGCAGCAGCAGCAGCAGCAGCAGCAGCAGCAGCAGCAGCAGCAGCAGCAGCAGCAGCAGCAGCAGCAGCAGCAGCAGCAGCAGCAGCAGCAGCAGCAGCAGCAGCAGCAGCAGCAGCAGCAGCAGCAGCAGCAGCAGCAGCAGCAGCAGCAGCAGCAGCAGCAGCAGCAGCAGCAGCAGCAGCAGCAGCAGCAGCAGCAGCAGCAGCAGCAGCAGCAGCAGCAGCAGCAGCAGCAGCAGCAGCAGCAGCAGCAGCAGCAGCAGCAGCAGCAGCAGCAGCAGCAGCAGCAGCAGCAGCAGCAGCAGCAGCAGCAGCAGCAGCAGCAGCAGCAGCAGCAGCAGCAGCAGCAGAAGCAGAAGCAACAGCAGCAGGCAGCAGUGUCGGCAUCACGAAAUCAGUACUACGAUGAUGAUGAGGAUGAAUACGCAGGUAACGCACACAAUCAGUAUGGUGGCCCUGCUGAUAGCAGGGACGGCGGCAGGGGCGGAUGGAACCAGGAAUAUGAAUACGAAGAGAAGGAGGAAGUUUUGAAGGGAGAGGAUGAGGAGUGGGACGAGGAGGCCGAAGAGGAACUGUACAACCAAGGAGCAGGCAGAGAAGCAACAGGAGCAGGUGGUGCCAUUACGUCUCUAUCUCCCUCCGCUGCUGCCUUCUACCUCGCUACAACCUCCUCCUUCGCCCACGAAGACCCAGUUGACUCCUCCCCCCCAGACACCUCCUCUGGCUUCCCCCCUCCAAAGCCAUCCCCCCGGCAAGCCCCUCGCUCACCCACCUCUGCUUACGCCGCACCUCCCUCUUCCUCUCUAACCGACGCUGCUCCUGCUGCUGCUGGUGCUGGAGCUGGGAAGAAAGAGCGGUCAAAGUCCCCUUUGGCUCGGCUGAAGCGCUCCCUCUCCCCUCUCUCUCGCAGGCAUGCCUCUCCUGGUAAAUUAGGAUCAGCAGGUAAUAGCACUGCUGCAGCUGCAGCUGCUGCAGUGGCUGCUGCCGGUGGUAGCAGCAUGGGUUCUUUCUCGGAGCUGCAAUCUCAACCGAGCCUGUCGUCAGGCUCGAUCAGCAGCUCGCCGAGCCAGUCCAUGGAUCGGCAGUCCCCGAGCCUGAUGAUGCUGGAUCGGGUCUCCCCAACCAACUCAAUGGAGAGGCGGAACCCGCAGGAGCGGGGUGGGCUGGAUCGGGACCGAGGGUCAAUGGAACGAACCUCCAUGGAUAGACGAUUGUUCGACCGCCACUCGUCCUCUCCUUCCCAUGACCGGAUCUGGGGUCAACAACAGCAGCAGCAGGCGGAGGGGUCUGCUUCUCCUGACGUUCAUGCCGAUGGUAGGUCUAUUGGAAGGGAGGGUGGCUCGAGCUUCCGAUCCUCCCUUGCUGCUGUGCUGAUGUCGCCUCCGAUCCUGCGCGGCAGCGCCGGUGGCAGUGCCUUCCCAACCUCCAGCUCAGCCUCGGAAGCGUCGCCCCGGCACCCGCACAAGGGCGGGAAAGUCCUCCCGAACCUGCUCCGGCUGAACCUGAAAAAGGACAAGGGAGAGGGGCGGGAUAGCCAACCGGGCACCCCACCCUCCCCACUGCUAGAGCAUGUUCUGAAAGGCUAUCCGAUGAGUAACUUUGAUGGAAUCCCACGGGGUUUGUCGGAGGAUUCAUCUGUUCAAAGGUAUGUGAGGGGCGGGGAGGGGAGUGAAGGCAGCAGCAGCGGGCGGAUGAGUGGGGAGGAUACGAGAGAGUGGGAGGAGGGCAGGAGGGGAUUCGAUGCGAGGGGGAGUAACAGGGAAAGGGUAGAAUUUUCAGGGGAGGCUAUUCGCAAAACGGGCUCGUAUGAGAGGGGGGGGGCAAGGAGUGAGGAAUCAGGGGUGGGUGCCAGGGCCGCAUUUUGCGGUGCGAAGAAGAUUAAGUCCGCUUCGUCGAGUCUGGUAGGGCAGCCGCUUUCAGUGGCUGUUUCCCGCACUCGCAGCGGCCACAGACGAGGCGGUGCGUUGGCGACAACGUGCUCGUCGCAGAGCGUUUCGGAGAAGUUCGCAGAGCUUCGCGCGAAGAAUGAAGUGGCGCUUAUCCCCUUUAUAGUCGCGGGGGACCCCGAUCUGGGCACCACGGAGCGUGCGUUGAAGCUGCUGUGCGAAACGGGCGCUGACGUCAUCGAGCUGGGCGUGCCCUACUCGGACCCGCUUGCUGACGGACCCGUUAUCCAGGCAUCUGCCACCCGAGCCCUGGCAAGCCACACGGAUCUGCAGUCAGUGAUCGACCUUCUCAAACGGGCGCCUCAAAACGCGAGCUACACGGAUCUGCAGUCACUCAUCGCCCUUCUCAAACAGCCAUUCCCCCCUCCAUCUCACUCACCCAUUCCCCCCUCCAUCUCACUCAGCCAUUCCCCCCUCCAUCUCACUCAGCCAUUCCCCCCUCCAUCUCACUCAGCCAUUCCCCCCUCCAUCUCACUCAGCCAUUCCCCCCUCCAUCUCACUCAGCCAUUCCCCCCUCCAUCUCACUCAGCCAUUCCCCCCUCCAUCUCACUCAGCCAUUCCCCCCUCCAUCUCACUCCGGCCAUCUUCACAUUCCCUUCUCCUCCUAUAUGA